AAAACGGGGGGAUUCUGGGGUUCCUUGAGAUGUCCUAAGGAGGCCCGGAAAAAUUUCUUCGUGAAGUCCCGUUCAGAAAGAAGCGAGGAGAAGGGCGACCGCGGGGUGCGAGAACCCUAUAAACCUGCCGCCGGCGCGAGGCGAGGUGGGAUCUGUCGACUGGAGACCCCGAGGAGGCGUCAGCGAGGCAACACGAAGCCUCGGGAGGCGGCGGUGAGGAGACGCAAGGCUUUCGGCGCCUUUGCCAGACGCGAGGCUUCAGCAACGACGGGAACCAGCUCUCCAAAGACCACGCUGCCGCUCGGACUCUCCGCAACCGAAUCCUCCAGGCCCUUGCUCUCCUCCGGUGGCAAGCAGGUUAGAAGGUGCACAUUCAUGUUCGUAUUGUAUUUGACGGAGGAGAUUGGGCAUAAGCAUGGGAGCUCCAAAACAUAGGUGGACUUCAGAGGAAGAAGCUGCUCUCAGAGCUGGGAUAGCAAAGCAUGGAGUGGGAAGUUGGCAGGUGAUACUGAGAGAUCCAGAAUUUAGCUCCAUCUUGCGCUACCGCUCGAAUGUUGACCUGAAGGACAAGUGGCGCAACAUCAACACAUUUUUUACGGUUGGUUCUUUGGAGAAGGGAAGGGCUGCCACAAAGAAGAACCGAGCUACUCCUAAGAACAGUGACCACUCAAUGGCAAUCAGGACAGUUGCAUCUAAUGGUGAUGAACAGCCUAUAUCAUCAGUGUGUAGUGAAGUGUGGAACAGUUUACAACCAAAAAAAUCUCGUUGGAGGCUAAAUGAUAUCAUAUUGAAGUCUGUAAAAAAUUUGAAUGAGCCUACAGGAUCACACAGAACUACCAUUGCUAAUUACAUAGAGGAGCAAUAUCGUCCAUCUGAUGAUUUUGAUCACAUAUUAUCUGCAAAACUGAAGGACUUGAUCACCAGUGGAAAACUUAUAAAGGUGAAUCGGAAAUACAGGAUUGCACCUGCACUGUACUCUGAGGAACGAAAUCCCAAAAUACUGCUGCUAGAAGACGUACGAAGGGAACCCCUGAGAAUAGGGAACGAUGAUAGUAAAGACCUCACAAAAUAUCAAGUUAAUGCUGAAUUGGCGCAUAUGUUAACCAUGACUGCAGAAGAGGCUGCAUCCACUGCUGCUCGUGCAGUUAUAGAGGCAGAGGCUGAAGGUGCAAGAGAAGCAGAGGCGGCAGAAGCAGAUGCUCUAGUUGCACAAGCUUUUGCUGAAGCAGCAUUGUUGACAUUAAAGAACAGAAAUGUUCCAGAACUGAUGGUUCAAGCUUGACGCUACUCUGAUGAGCUCCAGUCCCGCACUGUCCGGAAUGACCUUAUAUACUUUUCUCUCUAUGUGCGUACAUGCUUACUGCAGUGGAUUAAAACAGCAGUUGCCCCUCAUGUUUCACCUACUUAUGUUCCUGGAACCAUGUGAGCCACAAUGCACCAAAAACAAUGCCCCCUCUCCUACCAAUUCAUACCAGUUGCAGCAUCAGAACUCAAUGAGAAACACUGCAUUUUCUGUGAACGACCACAACACCGUGGAGACGUCACGUUGGAUGCCCUAAGUCCAUCGAUGUGAUGUUUGAUACUCAAGGUUUCGUGGUGGAACCAAAUAAACAGUUGGGAGAGUAAGAUCCAUUUGACUUUCAGGUGGUGGUAGAUUCAUACAGGCUGGAACGGGUAUUGCCCUGUCUUCCGUUUUCUUCCUUUCGGUUGGGAAGGCGCAAGGCGUGUUUGGACUGCAAAUCUGAUUGGGCAUGUGAUGAUAUAGAUCUUGCUUUCUGGUACAAAAUGAUAGGACGUCAAUCUGUUUGGUGUUUCCCCGCUUCAUGCAGGGUUUCCGGCUUUAAUUUUUUUGGAAUAAUCUUCUGGGUUAUAGCUAGGUUUGUGAAUUGUGAUGUCAUUAGGGACUCACAUGGUAAAAUAUGGUACAGUAUUUAGUUUCCCUGCUUCUUGCAGGGUUUCCCGCAAAGUUUGUUUUUUGUCCCUUAGACGAAAUUUCAUACUGUUUUUUUCA